AUUUAUUUAUUUGACGACACCUUAACUAAAGCCGUCUGACAAUUUUUGUGAAACUUGAAAGGAAAGACAGAUUCUUGAUCUCCGCUAUGGCUGUUGCUGCAAAUAAAUCCGUUUUAUUUGUUUGUCUCGGUAACAUCUGCCGAUCUGUGACAAGCGAGGCCCUCUUCAGGCAGCUGGCGGAAGAGAAGGGUUUCGCCUCGGACUGGAAGAUCGACAGUGCAGCGACCUCGACGUACCAGAUCGGAGAUGAACCAGACUCAAGGACAAACCAGACUUUGGAGAAAAUGGGACGCAAACGAAGCAAACAUAUUGCUAGACAGAUCACCAAGCAAGAUUUCAAAGAUUUUCAGUACAUAUUUGGGUUCGAUCAAAGCAACAUAAGCAAUAUUAACAGAGUGAAACCAAAAGACAGCAAGUCACAAGUUCUCUUAAUGGGAAAAUAUGGAAAGAACGGGGAUGAAAUCGUUGAAGACCCUUACUAUCAUGAUAUGGCAGCUUUCGACACGAUGUACGAGCAAUGCGAUCGAUGCGUACGAGCUUUCAUCGCAGAGGUUGAACCAGGCAAAUAAUUGAAUAACAGCUUUUCUUCACUGACCUGGAGGGCGUUUCACAAAACUUGUCAUCAGUGACCAAUGACAGUGUUUGUUAUAAGCUACUAAAAUCCUUGCUUCUGAU